UGGACAAGUUUUACCAAAGGUAUCGAAGAACACAACAAGCACUUAGUAUUGCAAUGUCUGUGUAAAAUUAUUCAAACCUUCAGGCAGUACAGGCACAUUAUGGAAUCACAUGCGAACCAAACACAAUAUAAGUGAUGGACUUUCUCGUAAUAAACCAACAAAAAGAUUAUUAGAAAAUGAUGACGAUGAUAUGAUAAUUAUCUGCAAAAUAGCUCUAAAUCAUCAAAUGAGACAGCUGAUAUUCAUGAUAAUAGUAGUAUUAAUACUGAAGUUAGCUGUUUAUCAUCAACAUCUACAACAGGAGUAUCAGAAUCUAGAAACAUAGGACUAUUAACGCAGCCAAAGAUAAGAGAGAUGUUCUUUUCACCAUCUGUAUCAGCCAAAAAACAAGAGCAAAUAACAGACAGUCUUGUAAAAUUUAUAGCCAAUAAUAUGCUACCACUCUUAACAGUGGAUGGUGUUGGAUUUGUUGAGUUUAUGAAUGAAAUAUCACCAAAUUGUGAAAUACCAAGUCGCUUUACAAUCAAAAAAAGAAUUCCAGGACUGUAUGAGACAGAAAAACAUAAAGUAGCCACUGAAAUACAGAAAAUAGACUCAAUAGCACUGACUACUGACUGUUGGACAAGUAAAGCUAUGGAAUCUUACAUAUCAGUUAUUGCACAUGGCAUAACCAAAAAUUGGAAAAUAGUCAAUUAUAUUAUUACAACUGAAUUAAUGGAUGAGCGGCAUACCAGCAUAAAUCUAAAAUACAAAUUAGUUGAUAUUAUAAAGGAAUGGGAAAUUGAUAAAAAAUCUAUAUGUAUUGCGCAUGACAAUGCGGUAAAUAUUAAGAAUGCUGUUACUGCAAUGGCUCCAAACAUUAAAAGUAGGACAUGUUUCGCUCAUUCGCUACAGUUAUGUGUCAAGAAAGGCUUGAAAGAAAAUGAAAUAAAACAAAUAAUAAUUACCGCAUCUAGAAUCGUUUCACAUUUUAAACACUCAAUAGUAGCAAUCAAAGCACUCCAAGUAGUACAGAAAAAUUGAAAAUGCCUGAAAAAAAAUUAAUUCAGUCUGUUAAAACUAAAUGGAAUUCGAUUUAUGCAAUGGUUGAACGACUUAUUGAGUCUCGACAAUGUAUAAGCAUAGUUUUAAAUGAUCGUAAUACUACUACUAGAACAAUAGCAAUAUCACUGGAACUCAGCGAAAGUAAAUGGGAGCUAUUGGAGCAGUUAGUAAAAGUGCUCAAGCCUUUAGAUCUAAUUACUAAAGUCUUGUCAUCUGCAACAACUCCAACAAUAUCAACUGUACAUCCUAUUUUAAAAAGCAUUGCUCAACACUAUUUGACUCCCAACGAAUCUGACCUACAAAAAAUUAAAAUAUUAAAAGAAACAUUGUCACAAGAGUUCAAAGCAGCAUGAUUUGACUAUAAUUGCAUACAAAUACGCACAUAACAUCUCCUUUUUUUAUUAAUAAAAAUAGUAAAUACCUACUUGCUACUUUCUAAUUCCUAGUUCCUACUUCAUAUGUGGGUAUCUUAAAAAAAAUUGAGAAAAACUCGAAAACCCUGGUGUAUUUGUUAUUAGGGGUCUUAUAUUGAGUAGAUUGUCAAUAGAUCUGAGAUCGUAAUUCGAAUUAUUUAAGUUGAUACUUGAUAAUGAUGAAAAAAUAGCUGAUUAUCGCAAAAACAAUAAAGCCGGAUUGGAUUUGAAAUCCAAAUCAACGGAUUGAAUCCGUAAUCUGAAUUGACGAAUUGGAUCCGUGAAUUCGGAUAAAACGGAUUGAUCCGAAGUUCGGAUUAAAUAAUUGUAAUCCGUUAUCCAGAUUGGUCAAAAUAAUGCUCAGCACUAGUUGGGAGACUAUUU